AUGGGAUCACCUCUUGGACCGUUCCUUGCAAAUGUUUUUAUGGGCAAAGUUGAGAAGACAAGAUUACAAGAUGCCAUUAAUGACCUCGUCUUCUACGGUCGGUACGUGGACGAUAUCUUCUGUCUGGCGGAUGGUACCACCGAUAUCGAGGACCUUGUCCAAAAGUUCAACAGUGCGCACCCCUCGCUAAAGUUCACUGCUGAGUCUGAGGCAGAUAACGAAAUUGCGUUUCUCGAUGUCCUUCUACACAGGCAGGAGGAUGGGUCUAUCCAGCGCAGGGUGUUCCGAAAAAAAACCUGGACGGGACAGUACAUUAAUUUCCACAGUUUUGUUCCCCUCAGCAUCAAACGAAAUCUAGUCCAGGGAUUGGCAGCUAGAGUGAGGCGCAUCUGCUCACCUGAAGCUAUUGAAGCAGAGCUCCAACAUCUGCAGAACACACUUCGCGAGAACGGAUAUCCAGAUAGAUUUAUCCUCCGAAAUAUUGGGGAACGCAUUGCAAAGCCCACUGUUGCGACUGCAGAAAAGAAAGAUGUAUUCAUAAGACUGCCUUUUGCAGGGGACGCAGCGAGCGAAAUAUCCACCGAUAGUUCAAUGGUAAUGUGA